UGCCCCGUGCCAAAAUUUAAUCACGUUCUCUGGCGGCAUUGGAAUCGCGGGUGUCUUGUUUAUACACUAGUUUUAUUGUGAACGUUUAUUCUGAAGUGAAAUUUUUAAUUCUAUCAAUUAUAAGUACCUAAUACGAAAUGAGUAGAGUGCCUUCGAUUUUCGACACACCGCGACCUCAACCUGUUUCAACGGUUUCAACUGAGGCCACAACACAACCGCAACCAAAGGAUGGGACUGUUAAAGCUAAGCCACAAAAAAAGAGAAAAUCCCCUGCCAGCAAAAAGGAAAUAAUUGAACAAUUGCUGCAGGAACAGCAACGAGAGUUCGACCAGCAUCAAACAGGUGGAUCGGAAGAACCACCGGCGAAGAAAAGAAACACAAAGGACACUUCCACAUCGUCUACAAAAAGUAAAGAUGAGCAAAAAGACACUUCCAAGCAGAGUAAAAAAAAGAAGCCGAGUUUGAAAAUCAAACUGCGGGAUGUUAAGAAGCACAAGCAGAAACUACGCAAGAGCCUUAAUGCUCUGAACAAUUCCAGAGCAGCUCAUCAAUCGGACAAUUUAAUUGAGACAUCUUUCGAUGGGCAGACUCUUCGGAACAAUUCUAACCAUUCUACCCCGGUGACUCAGAAAACAAAAAUAUCGAAAAAGAAGAAGAGUCGAAUAAUGCCUCAACCCCUGGAAUUUACACCAAAGAAAAUUGCUAUCAAACAGGAACCAAAAACUCCUGGAGCCACAAAGACAUCGCAUGUCAGUCCGGAUGACAGUGUAGAAGUAGGACGAGAAACGUUGGCUUGGGUUAUACAGCCAAUUUCAGUGGCGGAUUUCAUGGCUCAGUAUUGGGAGAAGAAACCUUUGCUUAUUCAGCGGAAUGAUCAUUCAUAUUACAGUGAACUAGUUUCCCGUGCAAAGAUCGAUGAGAUGCUACGGAAGCAUAACAUUGAGUAUACUAAAAACAUUGAUGUAACCUCUUACAGGGAAGGUAAGAGAGAAACCCAUAAUCCCGAUGGUAGAGUUUUACCCCCGGAUAUGUGGUCGUUUUAUAACGAAGGCUGCAGCAUCCGUAUGCUCAAUCCGCAAACCUGUCUGCGUGGAAUUUAUAAGAUGAACGUCAAAUUGCAGGAGUUUUUUCACUGCAUGACGGGAGCUAAUUUCUAUUUAACCCCACCGAACAGCCAGGGAUUUGCUCCUCACUACGACGAUAUCGAGGCUUUUGUUUUGCAAGUUGAAGGCCGCAAGCAUUGGAAACUUUACAGCCCGCGGACGGCUUCCGAAGUACUGCCACGAGUUUCUUCUCCAAAUUUCAUUCAGGAAGAAAUUGGUGUGCCGAUUUUGGAAGUAGUUUUGGAGCCCGGUGAUUUGCUCUAUUUCCCACGAGGAAUCAUUCAUCAAGCUAGUACCGUGCCAGGCCACCACUCACUGCACGUUACUAUGAGCGUGUAUCAGAAAAACAGUUGGGCCGAUUUUCUGGAGCUGUUUCUUCCGCAUGCUCUUGCACAGGCUGCCGACAGCGACCUUGCACUGCGUCAAGGCAUUCCACGUGAUCUCCAUCAGCAUUUUGGGAUCGUUUUCUCGGAUAAUGCAACUCAAACGCGGAAGGAGUUGAUCCACCGAAUUAAAAACCUUGUUGAUAAGAUUUUCACCGAAGAAGCAAUCGACACUGCUGUGGAUCAAAUGGCCAAGCGUUUCCAGCACGAUGCUUUGCCUCCUCUAGUAGCAGCAGACGAAAUACCAAACUCGGUGUACGGGGCCAAUUACACCCACAACCCCGAUGGUACGGUAGCGCUACGAAUUCCGUUCACCGAGCAGUCAUCGGUGCGUCUUCUGCGCCGGAAUAUCCUUCGACUGGUCAGCGAGGAAAACAAGAUUCGCAUUUACUAUCACACGGAUAAUUCGCGCGAGUAUCACGAGUAUGAACCCAACUUCCUAGAGGUGGAUCACGAUACGGCCCUAGGAGUUGAAUUGCUAGUCAAAGUUUACCCGCAAAUGGUGACUGUUGGUGAUUUGCCGGUAGAAGAUAAGAUCGAGUUCGCUAAAAGCUUGUGGGAGAAGGGACUGAUCGUUGUUCAUGAUUAGCAGCAGAAUUAACAAUUGUUUGUGUAUCGUUUUCUAUUGUACGUUAUAUAAUUCUAUUCUAUUCGA